AUGGCGAUCUGUACUUAUAACGCACGUACGCUUGCAUCGGAAGCGGCCAUCGAAGAUCUGAUGAUGCAAGCCAAGAAGAUCAAGUACGACGUCAUCGGACUGACCGAGACGAGACGACGUCACCCUCUCAACGCCGUAUAUGAAACUGGAGAAGAACUGUUCUUAGGAACAUGCGACUGUAGAGGUGUUGGUGGAGUUGGCGUCCUCGUCAACACGAGUAUGGCAAAGAACAUCGACUCUUUUGAACAACUUACGACCCGAAUCGGACGUCUGCGGAUGAGAAGAUGUGGCCCAAUACCAGCUUUGACUAUCUUCGUCGUUUACGCUCCAACAUCAAGCUACGAAGAAGAAGAAGUCGAAGCUUUCUAUAUGGACCUGGAGAAGUUCUACCAAGAAGAUUAUGCCUUCUACAAGGUCAUAGUUGGCGAUUUCAACGCUAAGGUUGGCCCAAGAAGAACGCCGGAGGAACUUCACAUCGGGACCCACGGCCUACAAUGGAAUGACCAGGGAGAGAGGCUCGCCGAGUUCAUCAUGACGACUAAGACCAUCCAUGGGAACUCGCAAUUCAAGAAGACGUCCUCUUUACGCUGGACGUGGGAGUCACCCGAUGGAGGAAAGAGAAAUCCCAGGACUACCAUCAACUGGGAUCUCUUCGCUACGCUGGCCGGCUUUUGGGAAGAUUCUGCAAUGGACAACAUCGACGAGGAAUAUGACCGGCUUGUCGAACACCUUCACGACUGCGCGAAGAAGGCUGAGAGUUUUAAAACCACCAGGAGACGCCUGUCUCUUGAAACUCUUGAGCUGAUACGCCAGCGUGGAGCAGCACGAGCCGCAGGGAACCAAGAACUCACGUCCGAGCUCGCAAGGCUUUGCCGAGAGGCGAUAAAGGAAGACCUUAAAGAGAGAAGAGCAGAAGUACUGGCUGAAGCUGCAGAGGCGGGGAAAAGCAUCCGCUAUGCCCGUCGAGACUUCGCCAGUCGCAAGACGAGGAUGACUGCUCUCCGGAACCCAAAGGGAACAGCCAUUGCAUCGAGAAGGGGGAUGGAGAAAAUCAUCUACGACUUCUACUCUGAUCUCUUCGACAGCCAUGUCCACUUGCCUCCUCACCAUCUGAGGGAAGAUGGACAAGUCAUUCCAGAGGUUCUCCCGUCCGAAAUACGACAUGCUAUCAUGUCGGUAAGAAAUCGUACGGCACCCGGUCCCGACAGAAUAAGACCAGAACACCUGAAGAGCCUUCCGCCAGUACUCAUCAACACCCUGGCGAGGCUCUUUACACGUUAUCUGUCGGAAUGCAAGGUUCCUAAACAGUGGAAGACCAGCAAGACCGUGUUGUUGUAUAAAAAGGGAGAUCCACAUGACAUCGGCAACUAUCGCCCAAUCUGCCUACUGUCCGUCAUCUACAAGCUCUUUACAAGAGUAAUCCUUAAUAGGAUUGAAAAAGUCUUGGAUGAAGGACAGCCAUGCGAGCAAGCAGGGUUUCGAAAAGGAUUCAGCACGAUUGACCACAUUCACACUGUUUCGAAACUCAUCGAGGUAUCACGAGAGUACAAGAUGCCGCUCUGUCUCACCUUCAUCGACUUAAAGAAGGCUUUCGACUCGGUUGAGACGGAAGCGGUCGUGGAAGCCUUGGACAACCAAGGCGUCCCUACUCAGUAUAUUAAGGUACUUCGAGAGUUGUACAGUAACUUCACGACCGGAAUUUCGCCAUUCUACAAGAACAUCAUCAUUGACGUGAAGAGGGGGGGUCCGACAGGGUGA